AUGCACUCAGAAAUCGUUAUUUUAAAUGAUGGACUAAAAUUUUCCAAUCAAGCUCAUCGAUCAUUUAUAAUUUCUAUCCAUAGGAAACUUCUCCUGCAAACGGGUAUCUUGAAUUUUCGGCCACCAGUUAAUAGAUCAAAAAGUGCACCAAGGCUGGGAUCAAUAGAUGAAGAAGACGAAUUGCUGGAGAAUGAAGGACUUGCUGAAGAGCAAAGGUUAAUAAAUCAGCUAUUAAUUGAAGCUUUAAUUUUCUUCUCCUUCCAGGAUGACUUAUCGGAUAUUGAAUCACUUUGCUAUAGAAAAACUCCAAUUGGUGAUGAAGAUUGCUCGAAUAGUGUAGCUAGUACAUCAUCGUCAUGCAGUCCAUUCUCUAUUCAGGAUUCAUUAAAUUAUCACGAAGAAAUCGUGGAAGCAAAUAUUGAUGAUGGUUCUUCAAAUAAUAUGGUAAAAUUGUCAAAAACCGCAUGUAAAAUUCCAUCCACAGAACUUGAUGUACUACCAAGGAAGCCGAAUACCUACCGGAAAAAAAUUCGAAAACGUUUAUGUUCCUAUCAAGAGGAUUCAAUAAGUGAUGAGUCAGGUUAUCACGAUGUAAGUAAUUCCGAUGGCGAUCUCAAUUUAGACGAUAUAGAAUCAAACGAUGAUGAAUAUGAAGAGCAAGUAACCUUGUAUUUAUAA